AUGAAACCACCACAAGGACGUCAAUAGUGGUUUUAAAUGUGAAAAUCGUACAAAACAAACAGUGUAACGUGAAAUGAACUGUAUAUUUCACAGUAGACCAAAUUGUUUUUUUCUCAGAAUGUUGACAUUUCAGGAAUAGCAGACAUAGUUCUAUUACAUAGGACAUUUGAAGUUGUCUCAAAGCUAAAUAGAAAAUAUUUCAUUCAAUCUUCUUCCGGUUGAUUUACAAAAUGACUGAAGUAGACGGGAAUUUUGAUAAUUUUGAUAGUCUAGAAGAAACAUCUGAUUUCCACUUUAUAGAUCCAGUUUCUUUACCAACAGGAAAAGACUACCACAUUUUUAUAGCUUACACUCACGUCGAUAGUUCUUUUGUACUGAGGCUAGACAAACUGCUACAGAACAAAGGUUUUAAAUGUUGCAUCCACGAAAGAGAUUUCAUACCAGGAAUGUUAAUUACAGAGAACAUAGUAAACCAUGUUAAACGAUCGGUUAAAUUUGUGUUUAUGCUAUCCAAAACCACCAGAGGUAAUGAAUGGAUGCAAUUUGAGUUUGAUGUUGCAGAAAAUUUACAAAUUCAAGAUAAAGGAUACAAGCCAAUCAUCUUAAAGCUAGAUAAUUGUGACCUUCCAGAUUAUAUGAAACGCUAUACUUACCUGCAAACAGAUGGUCCUGUUGGUAAAUGGAUUGGUUUACUAUUGAGAGCAAUUACUGACCAAACAGAGUCGAACAACCAUUUCCUGGAUUUUAGUAUAAACGACAUCGAGCGUUUUAGACAACUGGUUGAAAAAGGAAGUGAGCAAAGACAUUAUGUACGAAUUGUUGUUGUUGGAGAACAAGGGGCUGGAAAAAGUUGUUUUGUCCAUAGACUACUAGAUAAAGAAAUAAAAGAUGUUGUAUCAACGGAUUGCUUAGAUAUACAGAUUAAUGUUUGUGGAGUGGAUUUGGAUACCGAAGAAUGGUGUUUCAUUAAUGAAGAUAAUUUCAGUGGAACAACACGCCUUGGACAAAAUCUUAAAAAUGUAAAGCCUAACACGGAUUCUGAGGAAGUAUUGUACAGAAGGAAAGAAACAUCAAACACAGAUACUCAAACUAUCUGCAAAGUAACAAGGGCAGAUAUAUCAGACAACAGGAAUUCUUCUGCAGAAGGGAUAUCAAGAGUUGAAAAUGAUUUGUAUUGGAAAGAGAGUCUUUCUCAGGUAAAUGAUGUCAAGCCUUUCAACAGACGUCUGGCUUGCGUUUCCUUUUGGGAUUUCGCAGGACAUACUGAGUAUUAUCCAACACAUCAACUAUUCCUGUCACGUACAUGCAUCGUUUUGCUAGUAACAGAUAUUACAAAGAAAAUAGGGGACCUCUCAAGAAAGAAUUUGAGUGGGCACUUUAUGGAUGUAUUAGAACAGCCAAUGGAGAAUGUUGCAGGAUAUAUAGACUACUGGAGCAGUUGCAUCCAUACGUUUGGUUACACAUGCCCUGGAAGCGAGCUUAAUCCUCCGAUUAUAGUUAUAACUACACACACUGAUGCAAUACAAGAUAACCUAGAUUAUGCAAAAUCAAAUUACAAGGAGGAUCUGAACAACGUGGUACAGAGGGAUGAAAAAAGAAGACAUUUUCGUAGACAUUUCUUUCUAUCUAAUACUGAUGAGCGGAAUUACAGUAAAGAAAUUCCAAGCAUUAGAAAGUACAUCUACGAUAUUUCAACACAACAAGAAAACUGGGGUGUAGAAGUGCCUUUGAAAUGGAUUCCUUUAGAGAAUGAACUUAUCAAGCAUAGAAAAAUGGGUAAAAAUAUAUUAUCGUUUCAAAGCAUUAAGGAAAUAAGUGACGAAAGUCAUCGUCUUAUAGCAGAUGAAGAUGAAUUUAAAAUGUUUUUGAAAUUUCACCAUGAUCUUGGAACAGUAAUUUAUUUUGACGAUGUACCUGAUUUUAUAAUCAUCAAUCCUAACUGGUUUGUCAAAGCUCUCCGAUGUAUUGUUUCAGCAAGAGACUUUAUUUCAGAAAAUUUACAAUUAAAUUGGAAGGAAUACGAGGAAUCUGGAUACAUAGGUAUGGAAAUGAUACAUACAAUAUUCCAGCAAAAGGACCCGGAAUUAGCACACAAUCAAGAACAUAUCAUUCGCUUAAUGGAAAAAUACGAUAUUGUCGUGGAAAUACCAAAUGUUGUUCGUCAGAAAGAACGUGAAAAGCAGUAUUGUGUUCCUUGCAUAGUAAAAGCAUCUGCAAUUGAAAUAAUGACCAAUUAUUUUGUUGGGCAAGAAAAAACAUCUAUUCUUUGUUUUGAAUAUGAAUUUUUACCACCUAUGUUUUUUUGUCACCUUGUUGUUUAUCUACUUCGUACGUACAAUUUAAGUAACGAAAGUCCAUCAUCAUCCAAAAAAGCGUUAUACCGAGGUGCAUGCGUGUUUGACAUCGAUUUCACCGGCCGCGAAAAGUUAUUCCUUUGCAAAUACCAAAAUACUAUCCAAGUGCAAAUCUGGAGAUGGAACUCAGCUAUAACCGGUUCAGGACAAAGAAUACGCAUUGAUAUUGAAGAUGAAUUAAAUUGCAUACAAAGAAAAUACAGAUUAGACUCUUUGAAAAACUACACACUGAAAGUGAAAUGCCAAUUUAGUGAAAGUACAAGUCUGGAAGGCAUGGCUGAACUAGGCCCCUUAGUCAACACAGAGACAAACUUCUAUUGUAAUGUUCAUGGAUGCACUCAUUCCACAGAAAACAUCCGAAGAACAUGGGCCUUUAACCGAGGAGCGGAAGAAAUAUCAAAGUUAACAGACGAAAAUAUGAACUUCUUACGGAUUCAAAAAAUUUCGACGGAAUUGAUGUGUGAUAUUUUAUAUGAAUUGCUGCUUCAUGAUAACUAUCUAGGACUAAAACCAAGAAAUGAAAGUGAUGUUACCGAUUUAUAUAGCAAAAUUAGAGGACAUAAGCUGAGAGUUCCAUCUAAUGGAUGGGGAGGUAAGCUAUGGCCUAACGAAUCAAUACAUACGAAACCUGGGGAUGAUAUCGAGAGAAUACGGUUGACCAGAAAUAGGCUACAGCAUUCCAGUCAGUUCCAAAUGACUGACAGUGAAUACAACGAAAGGAUACAGCAACUUACUAGACUGACUGAACGAUUUGAAUUUUUGUUAAACCCAAGGGAAUCCUACAUUGCUCGACUUAACAAAAUACGAACAACUGAAUUGAGGGAUAAUGAUUUAGCCAUGUGUAUAAAUGUACUGAUGAAAGAGGUACCAAGAUUUGUUGCAUGGCUGUAUAGACGACGGCCAAAUUUGUCAAAGAAAAGAAAUUUCUGGCGUAGGAGGUGGAUGUGGAAGAUAGGACUUGGAGUUUUGGGCAUCAUUUUACAACCAGAACGUACAAUGUUUUCUUGGUUUAUUGACUAAUUGGCUUGUUCUAUAUAAAUUUUCAUCGCGGAUUUUGCUUAAGAGUUGAAAAUACUUCAAUUCUUGUGGAAUAAAUCUAAAAAUUUUAUAAUGGUAACACCAUGAAUUCAUACGGCCAUAAUGAAAUUAACAUAAUGAACAAGUUACAUGAUCGCUCCUGACAUUGGCUUAGGGAUAACUUUUUACCUAGCAAACAGAAAUUUAUUAUUUGAAGAAUGGUUUUGCUGAAUUAUAUCUUGAAUAGACUCCCACUGCUGUAUUCACAUGCCGUCAUGAGAUAUCAUUUUAUAACUAUAGAACCUGGGAGGAAUUAUGGGUUAUCACAUUUAUUUUGUAUCAUUUAAUUCCCAGGUUCCUUUUAUAUAUGUAUGAUAAAAUAUCUUCUUUUAUAAUAUACUUAUAAGGCUCUGUUUAAA